AUGGCUGUGGCACGCAAAAUCAAAACUUUGCUGACCGUCAACAUUCUGGUGUUUGUGGGGAUUAUCUUGUUCUCGGUCUACUGCAGGAUCCAGGACAGAUCCGAAGAACUCAUUCAGAUAGGGCGUAUUUCUGACCAGAGGCUGCGAGCCAGAAAUGGCAAAGUUUCCAACUUGGUGGAUAGACAGUCCAUACUCCAGAGGCUGGAGAGGCUGGAGGAUGUGGUCUACAACCAGUUAAACGGUUUGGCGAAGCCUAUGGGGCUGGUGGAGGGACCAGGAGGCCUUGGCCAAGGGGGAGCUGCUGCUACUCUGGGAGAGGACAGUCGUGAUGCUGAGGGGAAGUACGAGGAGUACGGCUACAACGCUCAGCUUAGUGACCGCAUUUCCCUGGACAGGAGCAUCCCAGACUACAGGCCUAAAAAGUGUAAGCUGCUGACGUACUCAGAGGACCUUCCUCAGAUCUCUGUGGUCUUCAUCUUUGUGAACGAGGCUCUGUCAGUCAUCCUGCGCUCUGUCCACAGUGUGGUUAACCACACACCAGCACACCUGCUCAAGGAAAUCAUCCUGGUGGACGACAACAGCGACAGCGUGGAGCUGAAAUUCAACUUGGACCAGUAUGUGAACAAACGCUACCCAGGCCUGGUAAAGAUUGUGAGGAACAGCAAGCGGGAGGGCCUGAUCCGAGCCAGAAUACACGGCUGGAACGCGGCCACGGCUGCUGUCGUCGGUUUCUUUGAUGCUCACGUCGAGUUCAACACUGGCUGGGCUGAACCUAUUCUGACCCGGAUGAAGGAGGAUCACACCCGCAUCAUUCUGCCCGCCAUAGACAACAUCAAGUACAACACGUUUGAGGUGCAGCAGUACGCUAACGCCGCCCAUGGCUAUAACUGGGGGUUGUGGUGUAUGUACAUCAUCCCUCCACAGGAGUGGCUGGACAAGGGCGAUGAGACAGCCCCUAUCAGAACUCCGGCUAUGAUUGGCUGCUCCUUUGUGGUGGAUCGGGAAUACUUUGGUGAGAUUGGACUGCUGGAUCCUGGCAUGGAGGUCUACGGAGGCGAGAACAUUGAACUUGGCAUGCGGGUGUGGCAGUGUGGAGGAAGUAUGGAAGUCCUGCCAUGUGCUAGAGUGGCCCACAUUGAGCGCACCAAGAAGCCCUACAACAAUGACAUAGAUUACUACGCUAAGCGCAAUGCCCUGAGGGCUGCUGAGGUUUGGAUGGAUGAAUAUAAAUCCCACGUCUAUAUGGCCUGGAACAUUCCCAUGAACAACCCGGGGGUUGAUUUUGGGGAUGUCUCUGAGCGCUUGGCUUUAAGGAAGAGACUCCAGUGUCGGAAUUUCCGCUGGUACCUUGAACAUGUCUACCCAGAGAUGCGGAUCUACAACAACACCAUCACAUAUGGCGAGGUGAGGAACAGCAAGGCUAGCGGCUACUGCCUGGACCAGGGCUCAGAGGACGACGACAAAGCCAUCCUCUACCCCUGUCAUGGCAUGUCCUCCCAGCUCGCCCGCUACUCUAAUGAGGGGCUUCUUCAGCUGGGACCCCUGGGCUCGACCACCUUCCUGCCUGACACAAAAUGCCUUGUUGAUGAUGGCAGAGGACGUACUCCCAGUCUGAAAAAAUGUGAUGCUGUUUCAAGGAUUUCUCAGAGGCUGUGGGACUUUACGCAGAAUGGCCCAAUCAUCAGCAGGGACACUGGUCGAUGUUUGGAGGUAGAAAUGUCCAAAGAUGCCAACUUUGGCCUUCGCCUGGUGGUGCAACGAUGCUCCGGUCAGAAGUGGAUGAUACGAAACUGGAUUAAGCAUCCCAGGCACUGA